AUGGACAGUGUUCGAGCUGGACCCUUUGGACAGCUUUUCCGCCCAGACAACUUUGUUUUCGGCCAGACCGGAGCUGGAAACAAUUGGGCGAAGGGACACUACACCGAGGGAGCCGAGCUCAUUGACUCAGUCUUGGAUGUCGUUCGCAAAGAAGCCGAAACCUGCCUGCGCAGUGCCCAUGUUGCUUUGUUCACGGUAGUAUUGCAUACUACUCUGAGCUUUUUGUAG